AUGACAGACAAUGUCUCAGAAGCAUUGGCACUUCUUCGCCAACUUCAACAGGAGCAAGGUGAUUUGAAGCAGAGCCUCAGUAUCAUCCGUAUCGCAGAACCGAUCUCAGACGCCGGCGACGCGUACUUUUCGCCAUCAAAACGAGGAUCGGAUGUCUCAUUGUCGAACCUGAAUGAUCCGACUCCUGCUUCGCUCGAGGCUGACUUGACCCACUACAAGGAACUUUUUUCCAAGCUGCGAUUCUCCUACCUCGAGCAAGUCACCAAAGAAAAAUUCCUCCGUGCGAUCGUGGGCGAUCCACCUCUCGUCGUAGGGCACAAUGAAAAUGUGGAGUUGGAGACACAACUAGCGGAGGUGAAGGCGGAGCUCAAGGCACGAAAAGAAGAAGCCCGCAUGAUGAUUGAAGAGAUGGAGAAGAUAAGCCGUAAUUUGGCCAGCCGCUACAAGAACGUCCAACUCCAAGAAGCGCAGCUCGCAAGUUUGCCGGAGUCAAUUGAGAACCUCGAGGGCACUAUUGCGGGCCUUCGCGCAAAGCAAGUCGCCAAUAUGGAUACGUCAGAUCCUCGAUCGUCCCAAAACCUGCCUCUCCCUGCCACUAUGGAAUUGCUUUCUGAUCGCGAGGCGGAAUUGGCGGCGCUUAAUCGCCAGAUCGCUGCUGUCCAGAAUUCUUUGCCUCGCAAGACUCGAGAAGCCGAGGCGAUUCAGCGGGAAUGUUCGGUGCUUGAGCGGAGGAAAAUCGAGGCCGUCACACAGGCACGCGAAGCGAGACGGAAGAAGCAGGAGGGUGAGACCGAUGGUACAGAAGAAAUGGGUCGGUGGUACCGCAGUGCAGAGGAGACAUUGAAGGAGAUGGUGGGUGUGGAAGGAUGA